UGGCGGCAUCGCGAGGACACGGAAGCGGGCCGUUGACGGGGUCCUUGUGGCGCGUCGCGCAUCCCCGAAGGCGGCGCGAAAUUAUGAAGCGCAUAAAGUGCGCCCUACUGGCCGUCGCAGCUGCCGCUGAUUGUGAUAGCCGCCGGUGAAUGUGUGACCCGGGGGCAGCAGAGAUCCGCCGGGAUGACGACCGAAGGGACGACCGAGCAGCCCCCGGUAGAAGACUGUCUCAAGGAGCGGAAAUGGUGGUGCUUCCUGCUGUCGAGCAUCUUCACCUUCCUUGCCGGGCUGCUGAUCGUGCUCCUCUGGCGUGCGUUCGCCUUCCUCUGCUGUCGCAAGGAGCCCGAGCUAUCUCCAAAUGACCCGAAGCAGAAGGAGGCAAAGACAGCCCGCCAGGGCAAGGAGUUCGAGGGGACUUUUAUGACCGAGGCCAAGGACUGGGCCGGCGAACUGAUUUCUGGACAGACCACCACUGGACGUAUCUUGGUGGUGCUAGUUUUCAUUCUCAGUAUAGCGUCGCUUAUAAUAUACUUCAUCGAUGCCUCCAGCGAAGAGGUGGAGCGUUGCCAGAAGUGGAGCAACAACAUUACUCAGCAGAUAGACUUAGCUUUCAAUAUAUUUUUUAUGGUCUACUUUUUUAUACGCUUUAUCGCCGCCAGUGACAAGCUGUGGUUCAUGCUGGAGAUGUAUUCGUUCGUGGACUACUUUACGAUACCACCGUCCUUUGUGUCGAUAUAUCUCGAUCGGACGUGGAUCGGACUGAGGUUCCUCCGAGCCCUACGACUGAUGACGGUCCCUGACAUCCUCCAGUACCUCAACAUUCUAAAGACAUCGAGUUCUAUUCGUCUCGCCCAACUCGUAUCCAUCUUCAUCUCCGUCUGGUUGACCGCUGCUGGCAUCAUUCAUUUGCUUGAAAACUCAGGGGACCCUUUCGAGUUCGCGAACCCGCAACAGCUUUCGUACUGGACCUGUGUGUACUUUCUGAUCGUGACGAUGUCCACGGUAGGAUAUGGCGACGUUUACUGCCAGACGAUUCUCGGCCGCACAUUCCUAGUAUUUUUUCUACUCGUCGGUUUGGCCAUAUUCGCCAGUUGUAUCCCUGAGAUAAUUGACCUGAUCGGGACGCGAAACAAGUAUGGCGGCACUUUGAAGAACGAGCGAGGUCGCAGACAUAUUGUUGUGUGCGGCCACAUCACCUACGAAUCGGUCUCGCAUUUCCUCAAGGAUUUCCUACACGAGGAUCGCGAGGACGUCGACGUAGAAGUUGUCUUCUUGCAUAGGAAACCGCCUGAUCUCGAACUGGAAGGACUAUUCAAGCGGCACUUCACCACCGUGGAGUUCUUUCAGGGGACCAUCAUGAACCCGAUUGAUCUACAGCGGGUUAAGGUACACGAAGCGGACGCGUGUUUGGUACUGGCGAACAAAUACUGCCAGGAUCCGGACGCGGAAGACGCGGCGAACAUUAUGCGCGUCAUCUCCAUCAAGAACUACUCGGAUGACAUUCGCGUUAUCAUUCAAUUAAUGCAGUAUCACAACAAGGCCUACUUACUAAACAUUCCAUCGUGGGAUUGGAAGCAGGGUGACGAUGUCAUAUGCUUGGCGGAACUGAAACUAGGUUUCAUCGCGCAAUCCUGCCUGGCGCCUGGUUUCAGCACAAUGAUGGCCAAUCUCUUUGCGAUGCGUUCCUUUAAGACGUCGCCGGACACACAGGCGUGGCAGAAUGAUUACCUGCAGGGCACGGGCUGCGAGAUGUACACGGAAACCCUCUCCCCGUCCUUUACCGGGAUGACAUUUCCCCAAGCCAGCGAGUUGUGCUUCACGAAACUGAAGCUUCUACUACUGGCCAUCGAGAUAAAAGGCGAAGGAGGCUCCGAUAGUAAAAUCUCGAUUAAUCCACGUGGUGCCAAGAUCGCUGCAAAUACUCAGGGAUUCUUCAUUGCUCAAUCUGCUGACGAAGUAAAACGGGCGUGGUUCUAUUGCAAAGCAUGCCACGAUGAUAUUAAAGACGAGACUCUGAUCAAGAAGUGCAAGUGCAAAAAUUAUGUGGGGAUGAUGAUGAUGCAGACCGGCAUGGUGAAGGGAAACACUGCCUACAGCAGUUACCUCGACGACGACCACCAUCCUCCCCCCACAUUCACUCCGCCAGAACUGCCCAAGAUGGUUCACGUAAGAGGUGAGAUCAGCCGCGAACGAGACGAUCCAAGUGCCAUGAGAAAUCAUCGGAACUCCGUUGGGAUGACUAUGAUGAAUUCGACAAAGCAAGUCAACAAGGUGAAACCGAACGUGAAUCGAGCGACGAAUGACAGUUUGUCCAGUCCGAAUCAGCCGUAUAAUCAGAGAUCGCAAGAGGAGUCCGCAUACGCUGGCUACCAUCUCGCCUACGAAGUCAAAAAGCUCAUGCCAACGAGCAGAGCCUCGGGUGGUACGAACGUCAACAACAAUGGUGGUCUUCAGGUCGGGAUCGCCGAUGAUCAAGCGAAGGAUUUCGAUUUUGAGAAGACCGAAAUGAAAUACGACUCGACAGGGAUGUUCCAUUGGAGUCCCUCUCGCAACCUCGAAGACUGCAUACUGGAUCGUAACCAGGCGGCGAUGACAGUUCUUAACGGACACGUUGUCGUCUGCCUGUUCGCCGAUCCCGACUCGCCUCUUAUCGGACUGAGAAACCUUGUCAUGCCAUUACGAGCUUCCAAUUUUCAUUACCACGAGCUUAAACACGUAGUGAUAGUCGGAUCGGUGGACUACAUACGCCGCGAGUGGAAGAUGUUGCAAAAUCUACCAAAGAUAUCGGUUCUAAAUGGUUCGCCAUUAAGUAGAGCCGAUUUACGUGCCGUUAACGUGAAUCUAUGUGACAUGUGUUGCAUCCUGUCGGCAAAAGUGCCUAGCAAUGAUGACCCCACCCUCGCCGACAAGGAGGCUAUCCUCGCAUCCCUCAAUAUCAAGGCUAUGACUUUCGACGAUACAAUCGGCGUACUUAGCCAAGUUGGCAGCCCAAUCGUUUUGCAGCGGCGGGGAUCCGUUUACGGAGCAAAUGUGCCAAUGAUUACAGAACUCGUAAAUGAUAGCAACGUACAGUUCCUUGACCAGGACGACGACGAUGACCCGGACACGGAACUCUACCUCACACAACCGUUCGCCUGCGGCACUGCCUUCGCAGUCAGCGUAUUGGAUUCCCUCAUGUCAACGACAUACUUCAACCAAAACGCGCUGACUCUGAUUCGGUCGCUGAUCACCGGUGGAGCUACACCCGAGUUAGAGUUGAUCCUAGCUGAAGGGGCAGGUUUAAGGGGAGGUUACAGUACGGCAGACAGCCUGUCAAAUAGAGAUCGGUGUCGCGUUGGUCAGAUCGCGUUGUAUGAUGGGCCAUUGGCUCAGUAUGGCGAGGGAGGCAAGUACGGUGACCUCUUUGUCGCAGCAUUAAAGUCGUACGGAAUGCUGUGCAUUGGUCUGUACAGGUACAGGUUUCGAGACACUAGCUCGUCAUGCGACGCCUCUUCCAAACGAUACGUGAUCACAAAUCCACCCGAUGACUUCACAUUAUUACCCACAGAUCAGGUUUUCGUGCUGAUGCAGUUCGAUCCGGGUCUUGAAUAUAGGCCGAGCAGAGGUGCCCGAGGCAAGGACGACUCCUCCUGAUUGUUGCUGUGUAGCGCCCUCACCGACGGACCAUAUUCCUACAUCUAAUCAUGCGUUAGAAAUCAUUGUGCCGCCCGUCGUCCCUGUAACUGUCUCAUCUUCGUCGAGGAACAUCAUCGUCGUAUGAUAUUGCGCAUCAUCAACGAGCUAUUACCGUUCGCAAAAAGCAGUGAAUUGCAGUCGUUUUUUUUUUCAAUUUAUCGGUAUAUACAAUGACAAUACUAAUAUUAAUUAAGCUUAUUCGCCAAUUCGAUCACUUUUCGAGGAUUUCGUUUUGCUUUGUUUGCCGUGUAAUACGAUUGUUUUUACCGAAUCGUCGAAUAUCUCGGAAAUUGAUGCGCGAUCUGAUGGACAAAGACUCGGAAGCCUAACGAACGAGUAUUAUACGAAAGUAAGGGGACGAGGAGAAUAGAAUAAAGAGAAUAUGCAAGGGGAAGAGGACGCAAAGGGACAACGGAAAGUGGCAUAAUGCUGUGCGGUCUGAGGGUAGCUACACGUCUCUCUUUCUUUAAUCAAGCUAACAUAAGAAUAAUCGUCUUCGCCCGAAGACGAUGCCGUCAGGACUGAAUGAAACAUUUCGCAAAGCGUAAUCACUGUGUUAUCAAGCUCCCAUUGACCCUCCGCAACCGG